CUCUCUACUCACUCUGAGAAUAAUUUAUGGCAUAAUUUGUAAACAUAUGUGUCAAAACUUUAUAUUCUGUGUAGUAGUUCAAAUAAAAUUUAAAGGGAUUUUUAUGUUGUGAUGUGAUGCUCAUUAAUUGGAUUACAGAUGGGAGUAAUUUUUGCAUAGGGCACCUAUUUUAUUUAUUAAAUUAAAGAAAGCAGACAACUCCUGCUUGAAAAUGAAUCUUUCAGAAGCUGAAGAUGAUCCUGAAUCUUACGAAAGCUCUGAAGAUGAAUGGGUUGAAACGGAGAAGAAAACAUCAAGGCGACGAACAACUAGAAAAAUCGCAAAGAAACCUAAAAAGUCGUUAGAAGUAGAUGAGAGCAGUGAUAGUACAAGUGACCGAAGUCUACCAAAACCAAAAAAUGGCGCAAUUAGAAAGAAGAAAUCGCCUUCUUCAAAAGUUAGUCCUAGCACUGCAUCAUCAAAGAAAAAAGGGUAUAAAAUAGUAUAUUCCAAUAACUAUGCGGUUGGAUCUUUUGUGAUUUCUAAACAAGAUGCUCAAGUGGGAGAUCCUAAUAAGCAUCCUUGGAUAUGGAGAAUUGAUGGAAAAUCUCUCCUGCAAAAGUAUGAACCAUUUGAGCAUGAGGGAAAAGUCCGACAUAAAAAUACUUCUAUCAGUAGCAAAAUACAAAUAGAACAUUCUUUUUUGUACUGUUAAUCUUGAUGCAAUAUUAUCAAGUGAGACUUGUCACAAACCUUCAAAUGAUUUUAAUUUCAAUAUUCAUGGAAUAUCUUCAAACAGUAUACAGGCUGGUCACCUAUGGACAUGGACGAUUAUGCACCACUAACUAUAGAUUUAAUCGAGCAAACUGAAGGACAGGUUGUGGUUGAGUUACAUUGGGAUGAAUUGAAAAAAAUAAUACACAAUGACAGUGAAUGAAGAUCAAAUUUUGACAUUUUAGUUCAAUUGAUUGAUUUUCCUGAAGAAGAUUUAGCAUAGUUAUCUAUUUAUCUCAUAAUUGUAUGUUGUAUCUCUUCCAAAAUAAUUAUUGCAUUAUUUUGAUUCCUCCUGCGACUAUUAGUAAAAAGUAUGAUUUUAUUAGAAAUUCUACUGAACUGACUUAACUAAAGACUAUUUUUUUAUUAGGAAUAUGUGUUUUAUGAAUUGAAUUCAUAUAGGUUUUUAUAUUUGGAUAUAAAAGAUAUGGAUGAUUUGAUCCAUUGUUAUCCUUUUUUUUAUUGUUUUUAUAAUUUGUGAAUCCUAAUUUAAUGGUUUCAUUUUAUUGUUUCUUGAAGAUGUAUGAAACCCAAUUCCCAAAUGUAAUGAAAUCAUUAUAAGUCAUAGGAAUAAAUUGUGUGUUUCAAAAA